CAGUUCGUGUUCCACUGCGCGACCGCUCGAGUGAGUUAGAUUUUUUUCCGCCACGAUGAACUACAAGAAGAAUCUGCUGCUGUUGUACGACCGCCCGCGGGAACCCAUCUUCAUGGGCAAGGGCAAGUCGGUGUUCGAUGUGCCGGAUAACUAUCUAACUGACCGCUAUCGUCCGAUCGGACCGGAGAUUCAGAACCGUUUCGGAGAACAGGCGGAGGAGCGCAUCCCGGUGCGGAGUAUUGCGUUGCCGGACUUGAGGAUUCCCAUGUCGUUGGGCAGACAGGAUCAGUUUUCGCUGUUCAUCCCACGGCACCGGAAAAUUGCGGCACGGCUGAUCGAUAUAUUUAUGGGGAUGCGUAACAUCGAAGACCUACAAAGUUGUGCCGUCUUUGCCCGGGAUCGUAUCAACCCUUACCUGUUCAAUUAUGCCCUCUCGGUGGCCCUUCUGCACCGUCGCGAUACCAAAAACCUUGACCUGCCGUCGGUGGUCGAAGUUUUCCCGGACAAGUACGUUGACUCGCGGGUGUUCGAGCAGAUCCGCGAGGAAGCCACAGUCGUCCCCGAGGGAAUGCGAAUGCCCAUUGUCAUUCCUAAGGACUUCACUGCAUCGGAUCUGGACGAUGAGCACCGCUUGUGGUACUUCCGGGAGGACAUCGGAGUCAACCUGCACCACUGGCACUGGCAUCUGGUGUACCCGUUCGAGGCGUCUAACCGUUCAAUUGUGGAUAAGGACCGACGUGGAGAGCUGUUCUACUACAUGCACUCGCAGUUGAUCGCGCGGUACAACUUCGAACGGUUCUGCAACCGGUUACAGCGCGUCAAACGUUUAAACAACCUUCGCGAGCCCAUUGCUGAGGGUUACUUUCCCAAGUUGGACUCUCUGGUGGCGUCCCGUACCUGGCCCGGCCGAGUGGACAACGCCGUGAUCAAGGAUCUGAAUCGUGAGCUGGAUCAGAUUAAACAGGACGUGUCGGAUCUGGAACGUUGGAUCGACCGUAUCUACGAAGCCGUCCACCAGGGCUACGUGGUGGACGAAUCGGGCAAUCGCAUAUCACUGGACGAAGAGAAAGGAAUCGACAUCUUGGGUAACAUAAUUGAAUCUUCGAUUCUAUCGCCGAAUCGUCAGUUGUACGGAGACAUGCACAACGUCGGUCAUGUGUUUCUUUCGUACACGCACGAUCCGGACCAUCGGCAUUUGGAAUCGUUCGGUGUGAUGGGUGAUGUGGCAACUGCCAUGCGAGAUCCGGUAUUCUAUCGCUGGCAUGCAUUUAUCGAUGACAUUUUCCAGGAGCACAAAACCAAAUUGCCAGCAUAUACGAAGAAUCAGCUCACUUAUGAGGACAUCACGGUGACCGGCGUCAUCGUGCAGUCGGAAGGAGCCCCGGUUAACACUCUGCACACCUACUGGCAACAAUCGGAUGUGGAUCUAUCGCGUGGAAUGGACUUCGUUCCACGUGGCAAUGUUUUUGCCAGAUUCACCCAUCUGCAGCACGCUCCGUUUCAGUUCGUCAUUCAAAUCGAGAACGCCUCUGAUGCUCAACGGAUGGGAUUCGUACGUAUCUUCAUGGCACCGAAAAACGACGAACGUGGUCAACCGAUGGUAUUCCGUGAUCAGCGCCUGUUUAUGGUCGAAAUGGACAAGUUCCUAGUGGCACUACGCCCCGGUUCGAACCGCAUCCGACGCCGUUCGAGUGAGUCCACCGUCACCAUCCCAUUCGAGCGCACGUUCCGCAAUCUGGACGAGAAACGUCCGGAAACGGGCACCCCCGAAGAGGAAGCGUUCAAUUUCUGCGGCUGCGGAUGGCCCGCCCAUAUGCUGGUUCCCAAGGGACUGCCGGAGGGAUUCCCCACGGAUCUGUUCGUGAUGGUGUCCAACUACGAGGAGGAUCGAGUCGUGCAGGAUCUGGUCGGUACGUGCAACGAUGCGGCAUCGUACUGUGGAGUUCGCGAUCGGCUCUAUCCGGACCACAAGGCUAUGGGUUACCCGUUCGAUCGACUCGCCCGGACCGGAGUUGAUCGUUUGGCUAAUUUUGUGACACCGAACAUGGCAAUUCAAUCGGUGAAUGUAAUUCAUAUAGACAAAACCGUACCGAGGACAUAGGUAGGCGCUAAAUGAAUACUGUAGUAAGCUGGGGAUUCCAUGUCUAUUCAAUUGAGUUUCAAUAAAUAAGAAAUAUUUCGCUUGCAUUGUGAAGCAACAAAUAAAGUACCUAUGUA